AUGCCGCCCAAGAAAGGCACACCAAAAGCUCCGGCAGCAGAGACAGCGGCGUCUGGUCGACCUAAGCGGACUACUGCUGCUCCUGCUGCUACCUCAGCUCCUCCCUUAGCAACCAAGAAGCGCGCCGCGCCCAAGAAGACGGCCGAACCAGCUCCCAAGCGUGCCAAAGGCGCCCCAAAAGCAAAGAAGACUGAGGAUGCGCCGUCGAAGCCAGAACCAGCUACGGGAGCAGUAGAGGAGGAGUCAAAGGCUGCUCCUCGUAAGCGCGGCCGUCCACCAAAGGGCGGUGAGACGACCAAAGCUACCGUCCUGGAAGAAGCAGCGGAGCAACAGCUCGAGGACGAAUUGCUAGAUGAUGCCGCUGCUACUACCGGGCCUACGGCGGCGGGAGCUGAGAAGAAGGGAGUGAAAGGUGAGCCAUCUCUUACCACGUCAAAGACAGCCCAGAGUCACGAAGCGAAGGCAGGCACCAAGAACUACUGGCUCAUGAAGGCCGAACAGGAGGAUCGUCUUGAGACGGCCCAUGACGGCACACAGAUCAACACGAAAUUCACCAUCGACGACUUACGUGAGAAUACUGUCACGAAGCCGGAUGCGAGGCCGGAGUUGUGGGAUGGUGUGAGGAAUCAUGUUGCGGCUAAUCAUAUGCGGGCGAUGCGGAAAGGCGAUCUGGCUUUCUUCUAUGCUUCGGGUGGGAAAGCUGGGAGGAGUCCCGGGAUCGUGGGCACGAUGGAGGUGGUGAGUGAGGCGGAGUGGGAUGUUACGACUGAGGAUCCGGGAGCGUAUGGGUAUGUGGAGGAGGGGAAGAAGGAGCAACGACAGAAAUGGGUCGUUGUCGGCGUGCAAUUUCGAUCUAAGCUUGAUGCUCCGGUGAGCUUGAAGAAGUUGCAGGAGUUCAAGGAUGGGAAGUUGGCUGGUAUGCAGUUGUUUCGGCAGUCGAGGUUGAGUGUGGCGAAGGUUACGGAAGAGGAGUGGACGUUCAUUAUGGAUGAGCUUGUCGGGCAGUGA